CACGUUGAUUACUUGUGGCUGAACUCUGCUUAAAACCAAAUCUUUUCUCAUUUUCACAUGAGGCUCUGAGGACUUAGAUGUAAAUAUGAGCAACUUUGGGGAGAUUUUGAAGGAGAUUAACUCGUUUGGUUUAUUUCAGAAACGUUUGGUGGUUGCAUUAUGCAUCCCAAGCAUAUUUCUAGCUUUUGACGUUAUUGGCCAGGUGUUUGUCGGCAUGAGCUUCCCACACCGCUGCAACACCGACUGGAUCGUGGAGCGUGGGCCCAACCUGACAGAAGAGAGGCAAAAAAAUCUGACCAUCCCAGUGAAGGAGGAUGGAGGCUUUGAGAGCUGUUUGAUGUUCACGCCGGUGGAUUGGGAUUUGGAAACGAUUGAAAAAUAUGGGAUCAACACCACAACGGAAUGCGUUAAUGGAACUGAUUUUGAGGCACCCGGUGGCGCCUCCAGCAUUGUGACAGAGUUUGACCUGGUGUGUGACAGGAGCAGCUUCAUUGAAGCAUCACAGUCCAUCUACAUGGCCGGUCUUCUGGUUGGAGCACUGGUCCUGGGCUCCAUGGCUGACAGGUUUGGUCGCCGCUUUGUGGUCCUGCUUUCACUCCUCUUCCUGAUGGUUUUUGGUGUGGGAGUUGCUUUUUCGCCCAACAUCUACGUUUUUAUAGUUCUCCGAUUUUUAGGCGGAAUCUCGGUCUCCGGCAUUGUUGCUAAUUCAUUUGUAAUAGGCGGAGAAUGGAGUGAUUCUUCCAAGUUUGCAUUGUGCACCAUUAUCUGCCACUCCACCUUUCCUCUUGGACUGAUGCUGAUGUCUGGCGCUGCUUAUUUCAUCCGCAAUUGGAGGAUCCUGCAGCUGGUGCUCUUCUGCCCACUUAUCCUCGUUCUGGGUAUUUUCUACUGGAUUCUUCCCGAAUCAGCUCGCUGGCUCAUUACCCAGGGCCGCAAGAAAGAUGCUAUAAAGGAGAUCCAGAGGGCAGCCAAGGUGAACAAGAGAAAGGUCCCCAAAGACCUGUUGGAGAAGCUGGAGGAUGAGACUACAAUCAAAAGAGGAAACAUGUUGGACAUCUUCAGGAUAUCAUAUCUGAGAAAACGUGCUCUCAUCAUGAGCUACGUCUGGUUUGGAACUAGUCUGAUGUACUAUGGACUGAGCCUGAACGUUGGCAGUUUUGGUCUGGAUAUUUACCUGACACAGUUCAUCUUUGGUAUGGUAGAAUUUCCCGCACGUCUGGGCAGUCUGCCUGUCCUCCAGCUCAUUGGGAGAAGGAUUGGUCAAGCAGUAGUGUUACUUUUUGGAGGUUUAGCUUGUCUUGGGAUCCUUGUUAUACCAAAAGAUCUUCCCAUAGUAGUAACAGUCAUAGCUGUACUGGGAAAAUUUUCUGCUACUGCCAGCUUUUCCAUAGUCUAUGUUUAUACGGCAGAAUUAUAUCCCACCAAUAUAAGGCAGAACGGUGUAGGUCUGAACUCCAUGUUGGCUCGUGUGGCAGGCAUCCUUGCUCCUCUAAUCAGGCUUCUGAGCACCUACCAUUACACCAUUCCCAUGCUCAUCUAUGGAAUCAUCCCCCUUGCUGCUGGGGGUCUCUGUUUACUACUGCCCGAAACCCGUAACGUCGAGCUUCAGGACCGUGCCGAACUUACCAAACUUGAGGAUGGGGCUGCUGAGAAUGGAUCUUUGACUAAAGUGGACAAAAUGGAAAAGAGCACAAAACUGUGAUUUAUAUGGUGAAUUUAUAUGGUUCACACUUUUUUACACUCAUUUUCUAAACCAGUGCACUGGUAAAAAGAUUUUGUAUACGGUUCGCUAAAAUGACCAACUUCAGUUGAACAUUUUUGGUAGUUACAAACUGGUAAUGAAUCUUGUUCUUCCAAAAGUUAUAUAAUAUUUGAUAAAUUAGAUGUACAUGUAUAGUAAAAGAUGUAUAAACUGUAAUUCUUAUAUACUUUUUUAAGCUUUGUACUAGAUUUUUUUUAAACUACCUAUUUAGUAAACUGUUAUUUACCCCCAAAUAAAACUCCCAAACACCAACCCCCUGAAGACUAUGUCCCCCCCCCCAAAAUCAUAUAUACAUAUAUAAAAUACAAAUACAAAAAACCUCUUUUAUUUCUUGUUAUCUUCCCCUUAUUGAGUUUCUAUCUCAUUUCUUAGACUUUUUAUCUAAUUUAGUGCUCAGUUUGUAUAAAGGAAUCAGUGAAUAUUUAUCUAGAUGUUUCAACUCUGCAAUUAAUUUAUUAUUAGACUCAGCUGAGCCCACUCACAGUCCUCAAACCCCUGCGUCACUAGUGAAGGCUCUGAAAAACCUCCUAAUGGCCUCUGGUAGGAAACACAUCUCUGUGCUUUUCCUGCUAUCUCAGUGCAGCAUUCAGCAUUGUUGAUCAUAAUAUUUUACUAAAGAAACUAGAAUUCAUUGUUGGUAUUAAAAGAACUGCACUGCGGUGGACUGGAUCAUAACUGUCUGCUUUGUGCAUCUAAAUCGGUCGUCUUCUUCACAUGAACUUAGUCAUGCACUUCCACUGGAGUCUUUGCUAGGAGCAGUUUUGUUUACAUUAUACAUGCUUCCCUUAGGCAACACUGUUAGAAAACGUAGCAUACAUUUUCACUGCUAUGCAGCCGAUUCUUUAUCUAUGAAGCAAGAUGGCACAAAUCAUUUAUUAUAACUACAGGUAUGUAAUAAAGACAAAGGCCUGGAUGUCCUGUAACUUUCUUCUUCUAAAUUCAAACAAAAUUUUAUUUGAACCUAAAAAUCUUAGAAACAUGACGUCUAAACAAAUACUCUGGAUGACAUUACCUCAGCCUUCAGUAACACUGUGAGGAAUCUUGGAGUCUUUUUUUUUAACAGAAUAUGUCCUUCAAUCUGCAUAUCAAACAAGUAUCAAACACUAUAUUAUUCCAAUGGAGCACUCAGACUGUAGGCUUGCUUGUGGUUCCUGGAGUUUCUAAAAGUGGAACAGGAGGCAAAGCCUUAAGCUAUUAGGCUCUUCAGCUGUGGAAUCAGCUUCCACUUCAAGAGACGCACAUCCUCUCUUGUUGCAAUUAGACUUAAAACUUUACUUUUGAUAAGCUCAUAGUUAAAGCUGGAUCAGCUGACACUGAACCAUCACUCAGUUACGCUGCUAUAGGACCAGACUACUGUGAGACUUCAUGAGCACGUCUUCUACACUCUCUCUUUUUAGGUCAGCAGAUUGCUAAGCUUAGUUUUGUUGAAGGUUUCUUCCUGUUAAACGGGAGUUUUUCUUUCUCACCUUUGCAAAGUGCUUGCUCAUAGGGGGCCAUUUCAUUGCACAACAGUAAGCAUGAUACUUGAAAGUAUUGAAAUAUUAAGUUUGUUAUGAGUUCUCUCUGUGGAAGAAUUACACAGUACACAUAUUUGAUGAUAUUAGCUGUAUUGAGUAAUGUGGCACACUCACACAGACUGCCCUGCCCCAUCUACACUGCAGAUGUCACCGAUGAGGCAAUUUCAAUAAUGGAUACUUUUGGCAUUUUUAAACAGGUUUUUCAUAGUAGCUUAACAAAAAAACAAAAUUCAAGUAGGAAUAUUAAUAAUAUAAUGUAUAAGGGUAGAACAGGACUUUUACAAAACUACAGUUUGUUUAGUAAAGGUCCUGCAGUGCUAGAGUGAAAACCCCCUAAAUUAUUCGCCUUCCUGUGAGCAAGCACAUGGCGACAGUGGGAAGGAAAAACACCCUAUUAACAGGAAGUAACCUCUGUCAGAACCAGACUCACGAACAGAAUUUAAAAGCCUAUAAAAAUAUUAUUUUUACUUUUGAUCCUUUUUGUAUUUAUUUAAUGUUACUUAUUGUAACGAUAAACUCAGUGUGUGCUGUUUUUAUUCAAUAAUGUUGUUAUCUUUGUUCUGCCACUAAUUUAACUGAACUUCUUAGUUUGAAUUAAGUAUGGAUACUCGACAGUUUGUGUUGUCACUGUUAAAGCGUUUUUAACAGAAACUCUGUAAUGGAAACUUUUCAAAAGAUACAGACAUUUAUUUUAAAAAUAAUACUGAGAAUUGGUAAAGCCAGUUUUACUUUACAUAAUUUGCUGUUGGCUAAAAACAACGCAUUUUGACAUGAUCCCUGUUCUAGGAUCGUGGAACACAUUUCCUGGUGAAGACGUUUUCUUUUUCCUGUCAGCACUUGAGGUUACCAGGAAUCUUUUUCUUGCCAUUGUCACAUUAAAAAUAUGUACCUGAUGUAUGUCAAGUUAUGUUUAUCCAUGGCAGUGAUAUUUAUGUCGCCUCGAUAAAAUGUUUAGCUUGGCUUUACGAUACUAACAAAACAACAACAAUAAAAAAAAAUCAUUGAUGUAGCACAAAA